GGCCCUGAAUACAAUUUAACAGCUAAAAAAGGAGAAACUCUCUUAACAUCAGGCACCUGAUAAUAAACAUUGAUGACUGUUAUACUGUCAUGCUGUCAGUGCUGUCAGUUAAUGGGUAAACAUUUUGACGACUCGAUGGAGGGAAAAUCCGUGGAAAACCAUCGAAAAUACCAGUGAAAUGGAAAAGCCGCAGGGUUUUGUGUAUUCUAAGCUGCUCAAGGAACAGCUGCAGCUUGUGAAAACGAAGGAAAUCCUCCAGAAAAUGCUAAACAGUGUCAAUGAGAAUCUCAACGCGGCUCUGGUUCAGCAGCUUCAGCUGGCAUCUGACCAGGAGUCCUCCUCGUCGGCUCAGCACCCACCCGACGUGGCAGCCGAGGAGAUCAGCGCCGAACAGGAGGUUAAAGACAUCAUCCAGGAGACUCUGAAUCUGGAAGUUCGCAGUAGAAUGAAAAUGGACGAGGAGAGCGAAGAAGAAUCAGAUUAG